UAGCAAAAGUGAUAAAUCGGCAGAAAAAUCACCGGGGAAAGGAAAACCCAAACAACCUGAACCUGAUCUGGAGAAAGGACAACCCGAACAACCAGAAGAACUCUCUAAUCAGGAGAAAAGGAAGGCGUUUUAA